AUGAGCAGCCAUAGAUCUUCAGACUCCGGUCGGAAGUCAUCGAGGAAGACCACGACGGCCCCGGCUUCAUCGUCGUAUGGUCAAGGCCAAGGAUACGGAAGCACGCAGUACAACGACGGGCCGGCAACCACAUCGCAACAAUACAGCCAUCGUCCCUCGUCGUCAACGUCGACACCGCAACCAUACUACACCGACAGCUUGAGUCAGCCUUCAUGGAACAGUUCGACAGGAAGUCAAGGUGGUAUGUCCUACAAUGAUCCCAGGUCCACAGAGGUGGCUUCCAGUCGUCGCCAGGUCGCAAAAUACGCUCAAGAUCAUCCGGGCACCACGCAGCUCCCUUCAGCGUAUCGCACCGACUACCAAGCGGAGCUCGCCAACUUUGACCAGAGAUACCAAGGCCAAUCAUCGACAGGGACACAGCCGUAUUGUUCUACGUCCACAUACGCUCCCACCCUUGAUCUCGACUUCCCUCCAAGCCAAAGUCAAAGCCAAAGCCAAAGCCAAAGUAGAAGAGACGACAGACGCGGGAGUUCAUCGGCCUCUGGAAGCAAGCAUCAUUCCUCUUCGUCUCGUCGUCAUAAAUAG